AUGAUUGAUCUGGGUCAGGUUCUGUCGGAGCUGAUUCAAAACUGGACACUGCUUGAGACGUCCCUUGGGGCGAUUGCGCGGAUAAAAGAUUUCGCCGAAAGUACGCCCAGUGAGGAGAAGGAUCUGGGCGUUCAGGUUCAGGAACCCACACCGGAAUGGCCCCGUCACGGGGAGAUCGUGUUUGCUGAUACAAGCAUCGCGUAUGAUUGCUCGGAGGGGGCUAAGCCCGUACUAGAUGGUAUUAGCCUUCAUGUACAUGCCGGUGAAAAGGUUGGAUUGUGUGGUAAGUCUGGAAGUGGUAAAAGCUCUCUCGCAUUAUCGCUCCUCCGCCUCAACGAGAUACUGUCAGGGAAGAUCCUCAUCGAUGGACAAGACAUCUCCCUCAUAUCCCGAUCGUCGAUCCGACAGCACAUCAGCUGUCUUAGUCAAGAGCCAUUUCUUUUCCCAGGCACGAUCCGACAAAACGCCGAUCCGCUGAAAAUGCUUGCGAGCCAGGAUAUCAUCAGUGCGCUGCAGUGCGUUGGAGUUUGGAAUGCUCUCCUUGCCCACCACGAUGGAGAUGGUGAAACGGUGCUAGAUGCCAAACUGAAUGAGAAGGCCUUAUCCCAGGGCCAGAAGCAAUUAUUCUGUCUAGCGCGGGCACUAUUGAAGAAGAGUAAGAUUCUAUUACUCGAUGAGCCAACGAGCAGUCUGGACACUGACACGGACGCAAGAGUACAGAAGGUCAUACGGGAAUCAUUCUCAGACUGCACCGUGAUCAUGGUAGCCCACCGGAUUCACACUCUCUUGGACUUUGACCGAGUCGUCGUCCUAGAUAGUGGUCGGAUUAUCGAAUCAGGUCAUCCGCGCGAGUUAUUGGGCAGGCCAGAUGGGGCAUUUGCGAAGCUGUUAAAGCUGGAGUCAUGA